AUGACUCAAAGCAAAUCUAAAUACGAAGCUGAGGCCCGCCAGUUGAUCAGCUCAAACAAGUUCUUCCAAUUGUCCGCUAAUUGGUGCCCUGAUUGCGUUUACUCGCUUUCCAUCUGGGACAAGUUCAAAUGUAGAUCUAAAAUUAAGAUCUUCGAUAUUGGUAACCUUUCCAAGGAUGAACAGGAGUCAUGGCGUUCGGCAUUUCUAACUGUUAGUGGGUCCAGGAACCUGCCAACCAUCUUUGUCGAUGGUUCUGUGUGGGGCACUGAGACCAAAUUGCAUGAACUGGAAGGUAAGGGCCUCUUGAAGCAGGAACUAACCAAGAUCGGACUCAUUGCCUGA